CGGUUGGUCGUGUCCCUCGACCCGACCCCAUCCCCGGCUCGGUAGCAGAAUCUGUCCCUCCUCCGCACCCGCCCUCUCCCCGCCUUCCGUGACGUGUCCCCCGGACUCCCCGCCCCGGGCUGGGCUGCGAAGUUGCGGAUCCGGUUUGGUCGGGCGGGUCGGCUGCUGAAGAGAAUCCACGGAGCCCGAGGCGCUGCGGCGGCAGCAUGGUGGGGCAGGAGAAGGAGCAGAGCUGGAUCCCUAAGAUCUUCAGGAAGAAGGUGUGCACGACGUUCAUAGUGGACCUCUGCAAUGAUGCGGGAGGAACCAACUUGUGCCAGUGUGGGCGACCUCGGAAUGCCCACCCGUCUGUGGCUGUGGAGGAUGCCUUUGGGGCAGCCGUGGUUACGGAGUGGAACAGUGAUGAACACACCACGGAGAAACCCACAGAUGCCUAUGGCGACCUGGACUUCCUGUACACCGGCCGAAAACACAGCAACUUCCUCCGACUGUCUGACCGCACGGAUCCGGCCACUGUGUACAGUCUCGUCACCCGCUCUUGGGGCUUUCGUGCCCCAAACUUGGUGGUGUCAGUGCUGGGGGGUUCGGGGGGCCCCGUCCUCCAGACCUGGCUGCAGGACUUUCUGCGUCGUGGGCUGGUGAGAGCCGCCCAGAGCACAGGGGCCUGGAUUGUCACAGGGGGGCUGCACACAGGCAUAGGCCGGCAUGUGGGUGUGGCUGUGAGGGACCACCAGACGGCCAGCACUGGGGGCAGCAAGGUGGUAGCCAUGGGUGUGGCCCCCUGGGGCGUGGUCCGGAACAGAGACAUGCUGAUCAACCCCAAGGGCUCAUUCCCUGCAAGGUACCGGUGGCGAGGUGACCCCGAGGACGGAGUUGAGUUCCCCCUGGACUAUAACUACUCUGCUUUCUUCUUGGUGGAUGACGGUACACAUGGCCGCCUGGGUGGUGAGAACCGCUUCCGCCUUCGGUUUGAGUCCUACGUAGCUCAGCAGAAGAUUGGAGUAGGAGGGACUGGAAUCGACAUCCCUGUGCUCCUUCUUCUCAUCGACGGUGACGAGAAGAUGUUGAAGCGGAUAGAGGACGCCACCCAGGCUCAGCUUCCCUGCCUCUUGGUGGCGGGCUCUGGCGGUGCUGCAGACUGCCUGGUGGAGACCCUGGAAGAUACUCUGGCCCCAGGGAGUGGGGGGCUCAGGCGAGGCGAAGCCCGGGAUCGUAUUAAGCGUUAUUUCCCUAAGGGAGACCCUGAGGUCCUGCAGGCCCAGGUAGAGAGGAUCAUGACCCGGAAGGAGCUGCUGACCGUCUAUUCCUCGGAAGAUGGUUCGGACGAGUUUGAGACUAUCGUUCUGAGGGCUCUUGUGAACGCCUGCGGGAGCUCUGAGGCCUCAGCUUACCUGGAUGAAUUGCGUUUGGCUGUGGCUUGGAACCGUGUGGACAUUGCUCAAAGCGAACUUUUCCGAGGGGACAUCCAAUGGCGGUCCUUCCACCUGGAGGCCUCUCUCAUGGACGCCCUGCUGAAUGACAGGCCUGAGUUCGUGCGCUUGCUCAUCUCCCAUGGCCUUAGCCUGGGACACUUCCUGACACCGCCGCGCCUGGCCCAGCUCUACAGGGCAGUGUCCCCUAACUCACUCAUCCGCAGUCUUCUGGACCAGGCAUCCCAUGGUGGCAGUGGCAAACCCCCACCCGGAGCUGCAGAGCUCCAGCCUCCUAACGUGGGGCAAGUUCUGAGGACACUGUUGGGAGAGACAUGUGCACCGAGGUACCCUGCUGGCAGUACCCGAGAUUCCCAGCUGGUCCAGGACUGCAGAGAGAACGCUUCUCUGCUUAUGGACUGGGCCACUGCGCAGCCAUCGACAAAUGCCAGCUUUGAACAAGCCCCCUGGAGUGACCUGCUUAUUUGGGCUCUGUUGUUGAACCGAGCGCAGAUGGCCAUUUAUUUCUGGGAGAAGGGCUCCAACUCAGUGGCCUCUGCUCUUGGUGCCUGUCUCCUACUUCGAGUGAUGGCUCGCCAAGAGUGGGAGGCCGAGGAGGCCUCCCGGCGGAAGGACCUGGCUGCUAAGUUUGAGAGCAUGAGUGUGGACCUUUUUGGAGAGUGUUACCACAACAGUGAGGAAAGAGCAGCCCGCCUGCUUCUGCACCGCUGUCCCCUCUGGGGAGAGGCUACCUGCCUCCAACUUGCCAUGCAGGCCGAUGCCCGCGCAUUCUUUGCACAGGAUGGGGUGCAGUCUCUGCUGACCCAGAAGUGGUGGGGCGAGAUGGACAGUACAACGCCCAUCUGGGCCCUGGUCCUCGCUUUCUUCUGCCCGCCGCUCCUCUACACCAACCUAAUCACCUUCAGGAAAUCAGAGGAGGAGCCGAUACAGAAGGAGGCUGACUUUGACCUGGACAGCAGCAGCAAUGGUGCAGGUCCUGCUGGGCCUGCGGAGCCCUCUGCAAAGGUGGCCCUCGAGAGGCGAAGGCGGCCAGGACGUACCCGUUGCUGUGGCAGCUACUCCGAGAGAUGGUCGCACUUCUGGGGCGCCCCAGUGACCGCCUUCCUGGGCAACGUGGUCAGUUACCUGCUGUUCCUGCUGCUGUUUGCACACGUGUUGCUGGUGGAUUUCCAUCCGGCAGCACCGGGCGCCUUCGAGCUGCUGCUGUACUUCUGGGCCUUUACGCUGCUGUGUGAGGAGCUGCGCCAGGGCCUGAGCGGCGGCUGGGGUAGCUUGGCCAGCGGGGGACCUGGGCCUGGCAAAGCUCCCCUGCGCCACCGCCUUCACCUCUACCUCUCAGACACCUGGAACCAAUGUGAUCUGCUGGCCCUCACCUGCUUCCUGCUAGGCGUUGGCUGCAGGCUGACUCAUGGGCUGUAUGAUUUGGGACGCACGGUCCUCUGCCUCGACUUCAUGAUUUUCACACUGCGACUGUUGCACAUCUUCACGGUGAACAAGCAGCUGGGGCCCAAGAUUGUCAUCGUGAGCAAGAUGAUGAAGGAUGUGUUCUUCUUCCUUUUCUUCCUCGGUGUGUGGCUAGUGGCUUAUGGGGUGGCCACCGAGGGGAUCCUAAGGCCCAAGGACAGCAAUCUGCCAAGUAUCCUGCGUCGGGUCUUCUACCGGCCGUAUUUGCAGAUCUUUGGACAAAUCCCCCAGGGGGAAAUGGACGUGGCCCUCAUGGAUCCACAGAACUGCUCUGUAGCGCCGGGCUCCUGGGCAGUCCCCGAGGGGACCGUCUCAGGCUCCUGUGUGUCCCAGUAUGCCAACUGGCUGGUGGUGGUGCUCCUCGUCGUCUUCCUGCUGGUGGCCAACAUCCUGCUGGUCAAUCUGCUCAUCGCCAUGUUCAGCUACACCUUCAGCAAAGUGCAAGGCAACAGCGACCUCUACUGGAAGGCCCAGCGCUACAGCCUCAUCCGGGAAUUCCACUCGCGGCCUGCGCUGGCCCCGCCCCUUAUCGUCAUCUCCCACGCGCGCCUCCUCAUCAGGCGGCUGCGCAGGUGCAGGUGUCGCCGGGCUGACUUGCCAGCCUCCCCAGCCUUCGAGCACUUCGAGCACUUCCGUGUCUAUCUCUCCAAGGAAGCAGAGCGGAAGCUGCUGACCUGGGAGUCUGUGCACAAAGAAAACUUGCUAUUGAAACAAGCUCGUGACAAGCGAGACAGUGACUCGGAGCGUCUGAAACGCACGUCUCAGAAGGUGGACACUGCCCUAAAGCAGCUGGGACAGAUCAGAGAGUAUGAGCGGCGACUGAGGGGGCUGGAGGGAGAGGUCCAGCACUGUACUCGCGUUCUGAGUUGGGUAGCGGAGUCCCUUAGCCGCUCCGCCUUGCUGCCUCCGGGGGGGCCACCCCCUCCAAGCCCCCCUGGAGCCAAAGGUCAGUGUGAUCCUGGGCUUCUGCAAGACUUCCCUGUGUGUCCUCCUCUUGUCCCUGACUUCCUCGCUUGGCCUUCUGAAGGCUCUGUUGACUGUGCUUGUGUGUGGAUGUGUGUAGCCGGUGUGAGUGCGCAUGCCUGCCGAGGCCUGGACUGA